ACGAAGAAGCGGAAGGAGCCAUUGCGGUGUCGUGGCUCAGUUAACAAAACACGAAAAAAAAAGGGGAGACGGGCGAGCGAUCGAAAGAGCGAGAGGGUGAGCUGGCUGUCAGCGGGAUCUCUUUGAAAUUUUCCCCGUGCCACAUUCACAUGACCAAACGAGCCAACGCACUCGGCCAACGAAUCCACGCCUGAAGAACGAGAUUGAACAGCUCCAGAGAUGUCAUUCAUAUUUGACUGGAUCUAUAGCGGGUUCAAUAGCGUACUACAGUUUUUAGGACUGUACAAGAAGUCGGGCAAGCUCGUGUUCCUCGGCCUGGACAAUGCCGGCAAGACCACGCUUCUGCACAUGCUCAAAGACGACAGACUGGGGCAGCACGUGCCCACUUUACAUCCCACCUCGGAAGAGCUGACGAUCGCCGGUAUGACCUUCACCACCUUUGACCUCGGAGGCCACGCGCAAGCCCGCCGAGUGUGGAAACACUACCUCCCCGCCAUCAACGGUAUCGUCUUCCUGGUGGACUGCGCCGACGGCCUCCGAUUGGAAGAAUCCAAAGCAGAGCUUGACGGCUUGAUGACGGACGAGACCAUCGGGAACGUGCCCAUCCUUAUCCUAGGCAACAAGAUCGACCGGCCCGAUGCCAUCAGCGAGGAGCGGCUGAGGGAAAUGUUUAAGCUGUACGGCCAGACGACAGGAAAAGGCAACGUCCCACUGAAGGAGCUGAACACGAGACCCCUGGAGGUGUUCAUGUGCAGCGUGCUGAAGCGCCAAGGCUACGGCGAGGGAUUCCGCUGGCUCUCGCAGUACAUCGACUGAACGCGGCGCCACCUGCCGCACCCUCACCGCAACUACAACAGACAGAAAGAACGGCGGCGGAGGGCGUGCCCACCCACCACCAAGACGACGACGACGACAACUCGAUCCCAAUAGACUUUUAUUGGUUCUUUGGGUUCUGCACUUAAACACACGUUUGUUUGUCCCUCUUUAUAGCGCAAAAUGGACAAGUCCCCUCUCGUACUCCCACCGGCGUCCAUUCAGAAGCUUGCGUUCUUUCUCUACAUGGCAUUUCUAUUCAUCACAUCAUUAUUUUUUUGUUUACUUUUAUGACAGCGUUAAUAAAUGGAAAGGACCAACAUCCCUCCUUGCCUUGCUUCUCCUGCAAAAUAAAAAAGCUUUUUUUUUUUUACAUUUUGCUUUCAAAAAUAGUAUCAUAGCUAAAUAUUGCAAAUGUAUGAAAUGUACGCAAAUAUGCUACAUGGAUGUUGUAUCUUUUACAUUACAUUAUAAUAUGCAUGUCUUGUUCUGUUCGCCACCCUUUUUUAUGAUUACGGUUAAGAAGAUGCCAUUUUUCUUUUUUGGACGGGAGGCAACAUCAGCGCACAGUCAGGUUCCCUCGUGUCUCUUCAUUCCAGCAGCAGGUGCCGACUGCAUUCCUGGAGGUGGUGGUGGUCUUGUUUGCAUCAAAAGCGUAUAAGAAGAAUGAGAAUAAAUGUUUGCAAUGACAA